UCUUGACUCUUGCUCCUGGAAUUUUUCAGGCCCAAACUAGCGUUUCUACAAUGAUUUAUUUGGCAAAUGUGUCUUGAUUAUGGGUGGCUGAGGAGGAACAUGCUUUUGUUAGGAACCGAAACUGGGCGGCGGUGAGGGCGUGUACGCAGUGAGUCCUAGAGGGUAAAAAUCAAGAGCGUGUGAACCGGGAAAUGCCGAGACGGCCUCCCCGACUGGGACGAAGCAUCUGCAGAUCUACCUCAGUGGCGGGGUCACGCCACAGAUUUUGAAAACUGACCCUCUCUGUCUCCGUUUUCGGUUAAGAGUGGGAAGUGCCGGUCGGGUCUUUGCUGGAGGUUAGGUCUCCGACCAGAUUCUACUGCAGCAUCGUACUCUUCAGGGCUAGAAGGGGCCUUUGAAGGUUGUUACACUACCCAGUCUAGGAAUCGCGUGUACUCCACCACCGCCGAAUUCCAGUCUUUGCUUAAAUACCACCCAAACCAGAGAACUCACUAGUAGACGCCAAUUGGGCAGCCAGACUUAGGGCUUUUCCAGACUUUCUGGCCCCAAUGUCUGACACUGACUUAUAAGGUAUGAGGGGCUGGGGCGAGCGGGAGAAGUAAAGAGCCAAAUCCUGCACGGGGUGCCUGCCUGGUCCCAAAACCUUUAAGGGCUGGGAGAGAGAAAAGACUCAGGCCGGGCUGGCAUGUAGCGAUCUCCCUAACCCAGCUGACCAGGUUCCAACAGAGUGACGCUUGCGCAGUAGGUCCAAAGUCUCAAGGCGCAACGAUGACUGUCUGAGGGAGGGGCCGCUACGUCGCACAGCAAACAAGCCCCGCGACGGUUCCAGGACCCGGAUAAUCCCGCCCCCAGAGGAGAGCCGGAAGAAGGCGGGACGAACCGGAAGAGGGUGAAAUGCUUUCGGUAGGCACUCCACGGCUGUGAAGAUGGCGGCGGCUGCGUGGCUUCAGGUGUUACCUGUCGUUGUUCUGCUUCUGGGAGCUCAGCCGUCACCACUGUCGCUUUUCAGUGUGGGACCGGCACCCGUAGCUGCUGCCGACCGGUCCAAAUGGCACAUUCCAAUACCGUCGGGGAAAAAUUAUUUUAGUUUUGGAAAGAUCCUCUUCAGAAAUACCACUAUCUUCCUGAAGUUUGAUGGAGAACCUUGUGACCUGUCUUUGAAUAUAACCUGGUAUCUGAAAAGUGCUGAUUGUUACAAUGAAAUCUACAACUUCAAGGCAGAAGAAGUAGAGAUGUAUUUGGAAAAACUUAAGGAAAAAAGAGGCUUGUCUGGGAGAUAUCAAACGUCGUCAAAAUUGUUCCAAAACUGCAGUGAACUCUUUAAAACACAGAGCUUUUCUGGAGAUUUUAUGCAUCGACUGCCUCUUUUAGGAGAAAAACAGGAGGCUAAGGAGAAUGGAACAAACCUUACCUUUAUUGGAGACAAAACUGCAAUGCAUGAACCAUUGCAAACUUGGCAAGAUGCACCAUACAUUUUUAUUGUACAUAUUGGCAUUUCAUCCUCAAAGGAAUCAUCAAAAGAAAAUUCACUGAGUAAUCUUUUUACCAUGACUGUUGAAGUGAAGGGUCCCUAUGAAUACCUCACGCUUGAAGACUAUCCCUUGAUGAUUUUUUUCAUGGUGAUGUGUAUUGUAUAUGUCCUGUUUGGUGUUCUGUGGCUGGCAUGGUCUGCCUGCUACUGGAGAGAUCUCCUGAGAAUUCAGUUUUGGAUUGGUGCUGUCAUAUUCCUGGGAAUGCUUGAGAAAGCUGUCUUCUAUGCAGAAUUUCAGAAUAUCCGAUACAAAGGAGAAUCUGUCCAGGGUGCUUUGAUCCUUGCAGAGCUGCUUUCAGCAGUGAAACGCUCACUGGCUCGAACCCUGGUCAUCAUAGUCAGUCUGGGAUAUGGCAUCGUCAAGCCACGCCUUGGAGUCACUCUUCAUAAGGUUGUAGUAGCAGGAGCCCUCUAUCUUUUGUUCUCUGGCAUGGAAGGGGUCCUCAGAGUUACUGGGUAUUUUUCUUAUCCCUUGACUCUGAUAGUAAACCUGGCCCUCUCAGCAAUUGAUGCCUGUGUUAUUUUAUGGAUAUUUAUUAGCCUGACUCAAACAAUGAAGCUAUUAAAACUUCGGAGGAACAUUGUAAAACUCUCUUUGUAUCGGCAUUUCACCAACACGCUUAUUUUGGCAGUGGCAGCGUCUAUUGUGUUUAUCAUCUGGACAACCAUGAAGUUCAGAAUAGUGACAUGUCAGUCGGACUGGCGGGAGCUGUGGGUAGACGAUGCCAUCUGGCGCUUGCUGUUCUCCAUGAUCCUCUUUGUCAUCAUGGUUCUGUGGCGACCGUCUGCAAACAACCAGAGGUUUGCCUUUUCACCAUUGUCUGAGGAAGAGGAGGAAGAUGAACAAAAGGAACCUAUGCUGAAAGAAAGCUUUGAGGGAAUGAAAAUGAGAAGCACCAAACAAGAACCCAAUGGAAAUAGUAAAGUUAACAAAGCACAGGAAGAUGAUUUGAAGUGGGUAGAAGAGAAUGUUCCUUCUUCUGUGACAGAUGUAGCACUUCCAGCCCUUCUGGAUUCAGAUGAGGAACGAAUGAUCACACACUUUGAAAGGUCCAAAAUGGAGUAAGGAAUGGGAAGAUUUGCAGUUAAAGAUGGCUCCUAUCAGGGAAGAGAUCAGCAUCUGUGUCAGUCUUCUGUACGGCUCCAUGGGAUUGAAGGAAGCAAUGACAUCCUGAUCUGUUCCUUGAUCUUUGGGCAUUGGAGUUGGCAAGAGGUGUCAGAACAAAGAGAACAUCUUACUGAAAACAAGUUCAUAAGAUGAGAAAAAUCUGCAAGCUUCAUAUUUACAACACUGAUGCCCCCUUUCCUCCCAGACUCUGACUGGAUGUUCAUGCAACUUAAAUGUGUUGUUCCUGAACUUUCUGUAAUGUUUCAUUUUUUUAAUCUGACAAACUAAAAAGUUUAACGUCUUCUAAAGGACUGUCAUCAACACCAUAAUAUGUAAUCUCCAGGAGCAACUGCCUGUAAUUUUUAUUUAUUUAGGGAGUUACAUAGGUGAUGGGGGAAAUUGUUAACUACCUUUAAUUUUCCUGGGAAGUCAAGGUUACAUCUCGCAGAGGUUGUUUUGAGAAAAAAGGGCCCUUCUGAGUUAAGGAGCCAUAAUUCUGUGAGUGAUCAAAAGAAAGAAAAAAGAAACUGUUACAGUAUGAUUCAGAUCAUUUAAAAAAGCAAAAUCAAGUGCAAUUUUGUUUACAAAUGGUGUAUAUUAAAGAUUUUUCUAUUUCAGAUGUACUUUAAAGAGAAAUAUUAGCUUAACUCUUUUGACAUCUGCUAUUGUGACACAUCCCAUUGCUGGCAAUGUGGUGCACACUCCGAAACUUUUAACUACUGUUUUGUAAGCCUCCAAGGGUGGCAUUGCAGGGUCCUAGGCAAUGUUUUGCUUGCCUUUAUGCAGAGAGGUGCUCCAAGUGCUGUGAUUGAGCACCAUGCUAGAGGAACUGUAAUGCUUCAGAAGUGGUAGCUUAUACAAAGGAAACAGGUCCUGCUGGCUUAAUUUAAACAGUUAUUGCAUGAAGUAAUGUGGAGGCCCUGGACUGCUGCUCAUUCUUUAGGAUGGACUGUUCUGGUAUCUGGUAUUGGUUUAGAGCCUGUUUAUAAGGGACAUCACAAGGUGAUGGGAUUCAUUUGAAGCACUCUAUUUCUGUUUUAAUGGUUUUAUUCAAUUUUGCCUUCCCAAGAUUUUUGUUCUACAUAAAAAGUUCAUGCCACUUUUUAAUAUAAAAAAUUUAACAAAA